CUCAAUAUAAUGCAUGUAAUAAAAUUAAUAUAAUAAUUUUUCUACCUUAUCUCAAAUUGUAACGUUCAAUUAAUUAACAUAAUUCAAAACAUAAAAUUUAAUGCAUUAAAAAAAUUUAUAAUUAUUAUUACAAAAUACAAGUAUUUAACUAUAUUCUCAUUUUUUUAUAAUUUGAUUGGCUGUUACUUUUCGCAAGCAAAAUAACGAUACAGUCUGUAUUUUCUGUGUCUCUGCUCUCUAUACAACGAACAAAGCAUGAUCUCGGCGGGAACUAACUGCAUAUUGCGAAUAUGAUCGAUUCUACGCUCAUGGAAAUGUAAAAAGAUGACUAUCUAGCAUCCCGUCAAAGUCUUCGCGUGGAAGAGGUUUCCUUUUGUGAGAAUGCCUCAGAUCAUGGCAGAAACGUUUGCGAGAGGGCUGCUAGACAAGAUAAUGGUAGAUGUUCUGGACGUUAUAGAUCGCGACGCAGAGAACGAAAAAUCCUGGGAGCAGCACGUUAAUGAGGAAACAGACAAUGCCCAAUUGGAAUUUGUACACAGAUCGCAAGCACACGAACAUAUGCACGUAAAUUACAGUAAGGCCGAAGAAAUAGAAUUGAUCGCCAAGAUAGUCCGCGACCUGCGCGAUAUACAGAUUGGAGAUUCGCGUUACGUGCUACCACCUUCAUUGUUAGCAUUGGAGAAACAGAUGAAAUGCGCCGCGUGCAACGUCGACAGUGUGCCGCUCACGAACGCGACAGCUGACAUCACUGAAACUCGGCACACGACUCAGGGUCAAGGCGACACGCACCAGAUCGUACACGCGAUCCUUGAGCCACCGAUUGAGCUAGCGGAGCCGGCGAAAACGAUCCGGAAGGAGAAGGAAACGAUCAACGAAGCGACCAACGUAACCAUCGGUCUGCUGUAUCAGCUGAUCGAAGAGUUAGAGAACAAGACAGUUUUAGUUUGCUCCAAGGACAACGCUCCUUCGUCCAGUAAAGAACGCAUCGCCAUUUGGGAAGAGAAGGAGGAACAACUCAUUAGAACCAUCGAGGACAACGUUGACAAUAGGCAAGAAAUUAAGAUGGAGACUCUUCAAGAGAGCGAGUCGGCUGGUCGUUUCCGCGUCAUCGAGCUGAAGCACGAUGAAGAACUGAGAUCUCACUCGAGUCAACAUGUAGCAUCCAUCUCGAGAGAGGUUGACCUCGACGAAAUUCAGCUCGAAAAACGCGGAUCCAAUUCGCUAUCGUCAUUAAAGCCGCCACACGACGACAAUGCCGUGGAGCAGAUUCUACCCAUCGACGACGUGGAGAAGCGAAAGACAUUCGGUGAAUCGACUAAGAAGAAGAAGAAGAGAGGCUUAGGCAGCAGAUUGAGAAAACUCCUCCGCGCAGCUUUUGGCCGUCGAAAGAAUUGAUGCGGAUGUCCGGAAGGAAUGUUACCUCGCGAUCUACAUUAAAUAUAUGACGACGACCACCGUUCGUGGAACGGCUCUUUAAUCGCGUGCUUCUGAAAGGGAAUCAUAUUGUUCGUUCGCGAAUUCGGAGAAUAAAAAUAACUGUGUAGUCACCGACUGAUCUCCGUAACUUCGGCAUCCUUUACAACUUUAGACGCGACGCGUGAAUCCGAAGAUACUGUACAUUCCUAGAUGUUAAUCGCGCAAACAUUGUAGGAACGCGCAAAAUUUUGUAAAAUAUAAUAUAAAAAAUAAAACAUAAAAUAAUAAAACGUAAAUAUAAAAUAUAAUAUCCAAUAAUCAUUGCGUUCUUGCAUUGGUAGCUUAACAAAGUUAGCGGAGAACGAUAGGGAACACGAUAGUGCUACUUUAGAGCCUGAUGCGGCGUCUAAG